AUGAUCGGAACUAUCUUCAGCAAGAUUUUCUAAUUCAUUAGAUUCAUCUUAUCUUAUAUUCCCGUCUUGAUCUACAACAAGAUAUACUCAGUCUAUCUCACAAGAUACUCUUAUAUUGAUAUGGCUGACUAAUGGAAAGGUAACGAAAAGAACUUCAAAAGAAUUUUAGAUGUCGGUGUUGGCACUGGUCAUCCUCUCUACUCUAUUAUUGACAGAAUCCCUAAGAGCGUCUAAGUAACUGGUAUUGAUAUUGACACCAACUAUAUUCCUGCUGCCAAGAAGAUCUUCAGUAAACACUCUAACGUUGAAAUUAAAUACAUGAACUUCUAUGACAUGGAAAAGGAAAAAACUUUGAAGUACGACGUUAUUAUUUUCUCUUCUUCUUUCAUGCUCAUGCCCGACAGAAUUAAAGCUCUUGAAAUUGCUAAGAACUUACUUGCUGAUAACGGUAAGAUCUAUUUCCUCAUGACCCUCUUCCAAAAGAAGGGCCUUAUCUAAGAAAUGGCUGGCAAGGUUAAGCCCUACCUUAAGUACCUCACUUCCAUUGACUUUGGUUAAAUCACUUACGAAAAUGAAUUCACUAAUAUUAUGAAGGAAAAUGGUAUGAACAUUAGUUACAUGAAGAGAUUGACCUCAAAAACUAACCUCUUCCUCAACACCUUCCGUUUCUUUGUCGUCGAAACCAACAAGGCUUGA